AUAUCUGCUUGAAGGGGUUUUUGCUCAUGAUUCACAACCCAGAAAUGUAAUGCAAAAUGGCACUGCAACAGAUUCUGAAAGUCCCCAUGUCGCGCUUUUUGGGCGCCUCUAUUUCCAGUUACGGCAAUGAUUUCACACUCUUCUCUUCUAAAUCCCCCAUGCUAUACGCAAGGUGGGCCGAGGCCCCAAUGCAUCAGCCUGUCAGGUGUUUUGCUGCUUCCAGUUCGGAGAAGAUUAAAGUACAGAGGAAGAAAAGGAGACUAGAUGAAGUAUGUCUUGAAAGAUUUCAGCAAUAUAGUCGAACGUUCAUACAGUCAUGGAUCACUCAGGGCAAAGUGUUUGUUGAUGGAAAAGUAGUAAACAAAUGUGGAACUCCCGUUUCUGAUAAAUCUGUAGUGGAGAUCAAGGCUGAAGUUCCGAAAUAUGUAUGUAGAGCAGGACAUAAGUUAGAGGCUGCCCUUGAACAACUAGAGAUUGAUGUUACUGGAAAAGUGGCUCUUGAUUCAGGACUCUCUACCGGAGGAUUUACAGAUUGCUUGCUUCAGCAUGGUGCUUCAUUUGUCUAUGGUGUUGAUGUGGGCUAUGGACAGGUUGCUGACAAAAUACGUCGACAUGAUCAUGUAAAGGUCAUUGAACGGACAAACUUAAGAUAUCUGUCUGAACUCCCACAGAAGGUUGAUCUAGCUACUUUGGACCUUUCCUUUAUUUCCAUACUAAUGGUCAUGCCUGCUGUUGUUAGUGUGAUGAAGGAUGACGCGACAUUAGUUACUCUGAUUAAACCUCAAUUUGAGGCUCACAGAUCACAAGUGGGAGGCGGUGGCAUUGUUAGAGAUCCCUUAGUGCAUCAGGAGGUACUCGCAAAGAUCAUAAAUGGUGUACAAGAUUUCGGAUUUGAGUGCAAAGGCUGGAUCGAAUCUCCCUUGAAGGGGGCUGAUGGAAACAAAGAAUUUCUUGCUUGCUUCAGCCGAACUGCUGCAAAAGAUCCAGAUCUCUCAGCUGCUAAGGCAGAUAUAGCUAAAUUGCAUAGGGGUACACAAAGCAUACAGCCAGCAAUAUGACAAAGUGGUCAAUAUGCAAGUCUGGCUUUCGUAUAUGGCACAACGUACGGGCAAACUGCAUUUGCUCUAACGGGAUGAUUUUAAACUUAGGAAAAGUAGGUGAAACGGGUGAGUUUGCAGAAAAGUCUCAAUGGAACUUAUUUUCUGAAAAUCAUCGUUCUAUAACGAGUUGUUUGAGUGGAGUUUUAUCGGAUUAUUGCAAGUAUCUGCUAACAUUAAAAUGUUGGCUGUCAAUGGCCCCAAAAGAGUCUGUGAGAGUUUGGCAGAGCAAGUGUAUUAUUAGGGGCCGUUUUCAAGGCCUGUGAGGGCAACCUAAUCCUUCAAUUCGGUUCUAUCCCACAUUUUAUCUAAUUGGAUAAAAAUACUAACAGAAACUAUUUAUUCAUCUUAUCCUACGUUUUGU